CCUUGUCCCUCUGGUGAUGUCCUAGCCCUGCCCUGGCAGCAGGAGGGACCCUGGACUGUCACUGCUGCAGUAAUGUCCCCCGUCUCUCCUAGAGAAGAAGCAGCAGCAGAAGCCCAAAUCCAAGGGGGACAUCCCGGUGCCCAGGUUCCGGAGGGGGAAGGGGGAGUCGGAGCGUUCCUACAUCUGCCGCAUGGAGCAGGAGGUGCAGCACGUCCUGUUCCUCACCGAGAACCAGCUCCAACGGGAGCCUGAGCGGGAGGACACGGCUCCGGAGAAGUCCCAGAGGAAAAAAGAGUUUCAGAAAAAGAAGCUGGAAAAAGCUCGGAAGAAGAAGGAGGAGAAGAAGAAGGACAUGCUGGAGAAGAGCCUGUUCCAAGACACGGUGGCGUUUGGGGAGGUGGUGACACAGCCGCCCACCAUCACCUCACGGCCCCGGGGACGGGGUCCUGCCGAGCAGGCUGGACGGAAGCAGCUCCUCCUGACGCCUCGGCUGGGCCGGAGCCAGGCGUCCCCCGUGUCCCCAGUGUCCCCAGUGAUGUCCAUGGCUCGCCGGCGCAUCGUGGAGGAGGAGCGGGCGCGGGUCAUCCAGGCCUACAGGGACAUCCAGAGGCGGAAACAGCUCCAGCGGGAGCGUUCCCAGGCUGGGAACAGGGCCCCACACUGAGCCCACCCGGAGGGGCUGCGCAUUCCUGGUCCCUCUGCAGGGACCCCGGGACUCGAAGGGGACAUUGUUGUGAUGCUCCCCUGUUGCUGCUGAGCCCUGGGACUCCCACAGACUCCCCGGAGUGGGGUCCCUGCAGUGCCAUGGACCUGCUUGGAGUAAAAGUGCCAGUGGGAGCUGA